UAGAAGAGUUUUGCCAAACAUUUGGCCUAAAUUCUGACAAGCUUGCGCGAAUAAAGGCUAGCCAGGAGAAACUUACGGGGCUAUUCUAGUGCCCAAAAGGACCAAAUUUGAAUUUUCUAUCUCUGCUUCAUCUAUCUGUUAUUUUCUUUCAUUCUGGUUUUGAAUUCUAGUGUUGAUGAUGAUGAAAAUGAUGGGAGAGAUAAAACAAAGGUGGGUUGUGAUCUUUCUCUUGGUGGCGGCUUGCAAGCUACAGUGGGCUCAUGGAGAACCACAGGUGCCUUGUUUUUUCAUUUUUGGUGACUCCUUAGCAGACCCCGGCAACAACAACAUGCUUCCAACGGGGGCUAAAACGAAUUACCCACCUUAUGGUGUUGAUUAUCCCCAAGGCGCCACUGGAAGGUUCUCCAAUGGUAAAUACGCUGUGGAUGUCCUAGCUGAAAAACUGAGUUUUGAUCAUCACAUUCCACCCUACGCAACUGCUAGUGGUCCGAUCCUUCUCCAAGGUGUGAAUUAUGCAUCAGGAUCAGCAGGGAUUCGCGACGAGACGGGUAGUCAUCUGGGUGAGAAUAUCCCCAUGAACAAGCAAUUACAACAUCACCAGUUAACAAUCUCACGCAUGGCUGGCAUAAUAGGGGAUAAUAAAACGACUCAAACCCGAUUAAACCAGUGCUUAUAUUACGUUGGAAUGGGCAGUAAUGAUUAUCUUAACAAUUAUUUCUUGCCUGAACGUUACCCAACAAGCAAAUCCUUUACUCCUCAGGCAUAUGCCCAAGCUCUUGUGGCCCAGUAUUCCGAGCAAAUAAUGACUUUGUACAAAAAUGGAGCAAGAAAAUUUAUCUUGCCUGGAUUGGGGAACAUAGGCUGCGUCCCACAAGCAAUUCGUUUAUAUAGCACCAAUGCCACAGUUUGUGUAGUCGACAUGAACAAAGCAAUUAAUUUCUUCAACAAUGAGCUUGUAGCUCUGGUAGAUCGAUUCAAUAAAAACCUAACUGAUGGGAAAUUCGUAUAUGUCAAUAGCACUGGGAUGAUAAUUCAGGACCCUAUUGCAGCUGGUUUCAGGUACUUCUAUCAAGGCUGCUGUGAAGUAACAGAAAAUGGUCAAUGUGUUCCACAAUCAAAACCCUGUGCCACAAGGUCAGAAUAUAUUUUCUGGGACAACUUCCAUCCCACUGAAUCUAUGAACGUAAUUACUGCAACCAGAACUUACAUUGCUGAGGCUCGUUCUGACUGUUAUCCAAUUGAUGUCCGCAGUUUAGCUCUGCUUGAUCUCGCAACUGCUAAAGCCAUUUAAAUGAUGGUUUUUCCUUUAAUAAUUGUAAAUUUUUGUCCAUCAGAAUUUCACAAUACUUGUAUUUAUUUCAUUUUAUAUUAAUUACCAAAUAACUAAGACGAUCAACCUUUUA